AUGUACCCACUGUCGAGCGUCAAGAAGCCUGCAGGCCUUCUUCAACAGUUGCUCAUCCCUUCUCGUCGAUGGGCGCACGUGAGUCUCGACUUUAUCACAGAUCUUCCCCUUACAACGACAGGGCACGACUCGAUUCUUGUCAUGGUCGACGCCCUUACCAAGGUGGCUCAUUUCGUUCCUGCAAAGAAGUCAUUCACAGCAGCACACACCGUGGAGCUUCUCGCAAACCGCCUUAUCCGCUAUCACGGUUUUCCAGAGGUGCUCAUAUCGGACCGCGACCCCCGUUUCCAGUCGGAUCUUUGGAACCAGCUCUGUCACCGCUUUAACAUCAAACGGCGCGUUAGCCCCUACGCCCACUCCUCCGAUGACUAA